AUGGUCUUGAUAAUGAUUAUUCAUAAUGAUAUUCAUCAUGAUCUUGAAAAUGAUAUUCAUCGUGGUCUUGAUAAUGAUAUUCAUCAUGGUCUUAAUAAUGAUAUUCAUCAUGAUCUUGACAAUGAUAUUCAUUGUAAUAUUGAUAGCUGUCGUGAUAUUGACAAUGUAUAUCACUGUACUGAUAUUGCUAUUCAACAUGAUCAUCACAAUGAUAUUUAUCGUUGUCUUAUUAAUGAUAUUCAUGAUGAAAUUGAUAAUGUUAUUAAUAAUAGUUAUUAUGAUAUUGAUGGUGGUAUUCUUCAUGGUUUUGAUAUUGAUCAUUGCGAUAUUCAUAUUUAUCAUGAUAUUGAUAAUAACAAUGAUAUUAGUGGUGAUACUGAUAGCGACAAUAAUGAUAUUUAUGGCAGUAAUAUUGAUCAUGAUAUUGAUAUUCAUCAUGAUCAUGCUAUUGAUAUCCAUAGUGCUAUUGAUUUUCAUCAUGAUAAUGAUAUUAAUGGUGAUAUUCACCAUGAUAGUGAUAUUAAUAAUGAUAUUCAUCAUAAUAAUGAUAUUAAUGAUGAUAUAAAUGAUGAUAUUCAUCAUGAUGAUGAUAUAAAUGAUGAUAUUCAUCAUGAUAAUGAUAUUAAUGUUGAUAUUCAGCAUGGUAAUAAUAUUAAUAAUGAUAUUCAUCAUGAUGAUGAUAUAAAUGAUGAUAUUCAUCAUGAUAAUGAUAUUAAUGUUGAUAUUCAGCAUGGUAAUAAUAUUAAUAAUGAUAUUCAUAGAGACAAUAAUGAAUUUUAUGAAAUUACACAUUAUAAUUUUGAUAUUAAUAUUCAUGAUAUUGAUAAUGACAGUGAUAUUCUUGUUAUCGUGGUCCGUAUUGAUAAUGAUAUUCAUGAUAUGGAUAUUCCUAGUUAUAUUUAUGACGAUUUUGAUGUUGUUGUUCAUGACAUUGAUAAUGAUGAUGAUAUUCUUGUUAUCGUUGUUGAUAUUGAUAAUGAUAUUCAUGAUAUUAAUAUCUAUAGUGAUAGUGACAUUGAUAUUCAUCAUUAUAAUGAUAAUAAUGACGAUAUCGAUAUUCCAAGUAUCACUCAUUAUAAUAUUGAUAUUAAUAUUCAUGACAUUGAUAAUGAUAGUGAUAUUCUUGUUAUCGCAGUUGAUAUUGAUAAUGAUAUUCAUCAUAAUGAUGACAAUGAUGAUGAUGAAGAUAUUGAUAUUCCUAGAUUAUAUUCCUCCUUGAUGAUAUUCUUAUCAUUGUUGAUAUUAAUAUGA